GUCCUCCCAUUCUCUCACCGCUCAUGCGCGGCUCAGGGAUCACUGAUCUACGGAAAGAGCCGAAGAUGUCGGCUCGGUCAUGUGAUCAGCUGUGUCCAAUCACAGCUGAUCACAUGGGACAUGUACACUGAUCAUCAGGGCACUGAUGAUCAGUGUGCCCUGAUGAUCAGUGUGGCCCCAGAAGUGCCAUCAGUGCUGCCUGUCAGUGCCAGUCAGUGCCGCCUAUCAGUGUGCAUCAGUGCCGCCUAUCAGUGCCCGUCAGUGCCGCCUAUCAGUGCCAGUCAGUGCCCACCCAACAGUGCCAGUCAGUGCCGCCUAUCAGUGCUGCUUUUCAGUGCCCAUCAGUGAUGCCUGUCAAUGCCUAUCAGUGCCACCUACCAGUGCCUCCUCAUCAGUG